AUGACAGCGGAGCAGUCACUUGAGUUCUUCCAGCUGAGAGUGGUGUACUCCGAUGCGAUCCGGGGCAACUUUGUUCGCCUGCCAGGGAACGUGAUCUCGGUGUUAGAGUCGACGGCUAUCCCGGUCCAUGAGUUUGGGAUUCAGGUGCAGCCUGGCGGGUGGUACGUGGGGUGGGACGGCCACGAGUCGCAACAAACUGUCGGCGGGCAGCCGGUGCUGGAGGUGAACCCGGUGCUGGGUGGCGAGCUAGGGGUGCAAGUUGGGCAGACGGUGGACAUCCGCGUGAGGCACUACGACGAGCAGGCGGUAGCGGCGGAGGUGUACGUGGAGCCGGAGGGCAGCGACGACUGGGAGGUAAUUGAGGCGAACGCGAUGUUUUUCCAGGACGAAAUGCUGUUCCAGACACGGAUAGUGAGUCCGGGAGCCAAGCUUGUGUGCUACGUGGACCGCAUCGUGGCGCGCUGUCGCGUGCAACGCGUGGUGCCCGAGAGCCUGGCUGCGGCGCGGCUCUCGACGGACACCCUGGUGGUGGUCGCCCCGCGCGUGAACAAGGCGCGGAAGGCGGCGGCGCCCGCGGCGGCGGAGCCGCUGCCGGUGGCUGAGAAGGCCAAGGCGCUGGGGUCUGUGCUGUUGCGGAGCACGUUCCGUGCCACGGCAAGCCCGCGGCUGUCGGUGGAGGUUCCGCCCGGCGGCGUGCAGUCGCCGGUCGCGUUUGUCAGUGUCGUCCGGAACCCACUGGAGCUGAGAGCGCCCUCCAAGGAGGACGCCGUCACACAGCCAGCCAGAAGAAUUGCAGUCGAGGUAUUUGCGAGCGGGGAAGUCCCAGCUGGACACGUUAGUCUGUCGCACUCCGUGUGGCAAUGCCUGGCGUUGACCAGGGAUAACGGCGAGAAGGUUAAGCUUGAGUUUGUCUCCGAUGUGGCAAGGGACGACCUGGUGGUAUCGGUGCACAAGGCGAAUACGGAGCAGAAGGUCAAGAAGGUGGUGGUAGGCGGUGUCGACUCUGCGAACCAGACACUGCUGCGGAGCGCGGAAAAGCUUAUGGCAGAGAUGCAGGGCGGCGUUUUGACAAAUAAGCUACUGUUCGCGGAACAAAUGCUUCUGAUCGAGCUGAAGUGCGAGAGCGGCGGUAAACUGGACUAUGCCAGGCUGAACUCGGGCGACAAAUUAACAUGGCACUUAUCCAAGCACGAGGUGGAGGUUCCAGUAAGUGAUGUGGAACCCUCGGUUGGUGUCCCGAAGAAAAUGGUCGCGAUGGACAACUUGAUUGAGAGCCUUGUGGCUUCCUUGGCCGCGCCUGUCGGCAAGUCGUGCCACUGCGUGCACGGGCCAUCGGGCAUGGGCAAGACUUCGCUUUUGCGAGAGGUUGAAUACCUGCUUCUGCGAGACCACGGUCACUCUACCAAGUUUGUGGACUGUGCCGAGUUGCCGGAGACAAACAGUGUGGCAAAGAUGAAGCAGUUCAUCCAGCAAACACUGGCGAUUGCCUACUGGAAGGCGCCAACGGUCUUGUUCUUGGAUAACGCAGACUUCCUCUUCCCCAGCAUGAAGUCCAACGACGACGGCGCCGGGAACAACCCGGGCAACGCAAUGAGCCAGACGUCGACCAAACUGGCUCACAUAUUCUACACAGAGCUGGGCCGUAUCUGCCAGAAACGCACCGAUGCGGUGCGCGUCGUCCUCGCGGCUGAGAAGGCCGACAGCCUGAACGCGGUCUUCUCGACAAAGCACGCCAUCGGGCAUACAUGGCCGUUGACCGCCCCAGGACGGCCCGAGCGCGAGCUAAUCGUCGCGGCAGCCUUCCAGCGCCGUGCGCUGCGUUUCUGCGAUAGCCUGAACGCGGCAGAUAUCGCGCUCGACACCGAGGGCUACUCCCCGGCCGAUCUCGAGACGCUGGUCGACAAGAUCUUCCACGAGACGCUCUGUCGCGCUGACCCGGGCACCCCGCUCGUGGCAGACCGCGCCGCCUUCAACCAGGCAUUCGAGGGCUACACCUCCGCGUCUCUGCGCGGCAUCAAGCUCCAGAAGAGCACCGGCGUGCGCUGGUCGGACAUUGGCGCGCUAGACGGCGCGAAACGCCUGCUGCUGGAGACCCUGGAGUGGCCGACGCGCUACGCUCCCAUUUUCUCGCAGUGCCCCCUACGCCUGCGGUCCGGCAUCCUGCUCUACGGCUACCCGGGCUGCGGCAAGACCAUGCUCGCCAGCGCCGUCGCGCAGCAGUGCGGCCUCAACUUCAUAACCGUCAAGGGCCCAGAGAUUCUCAACAAGUACAUCGGCGCCAGCGAGCAGAGUGUGCGCGAGCUCUUCGAGAAGGCGCAAGCCGCGAAGCCCUGCGUGCUCUUUUUCGACGAGUUCGACUCCAUUGCCCCCAAGCGUGGCCAUGACUCCACCGGUGUCACGGAUCGCGUAGUGAAUCAAAUGCUGACUCAGAUGGACGGCGCAGAGGGCCUGGACGGCGUCUACGUGCUAGCCGCUACCUCCCGCCCAGACCUCAUUGACUCCGCUCUGCUACGCCCGGGGCGCCUGGACAAGAGCGUGCUCUGCGAUAUGCCCGCCGCCGCAGAGCGUGCCGCCAUCCUCCGCGCCAUUGUGACGUCGGGGGCGAUCACGCUCGCCCCCGACGUCGACCUCGCCGAGAUCGCCGCCCGCGCUGCGGGCUUUUCAGGCGCGGACCUCCAAGGCAUGUGCUACAACGCCUACCUCAAAGCCGUGCACCGGGCGCUGCAUGCCCGUCCAACAACCCAGCCGCGCGACCCGACCACCGCGCCCCCGCCCGCACACGUCCACCUGAACGCACCCAACAGCGCCGCGCGCUCGCACGCCCUCGCCAGGGCCCAGGAGAUACUCGGCGCACGUGGCCGCCGCCCCGCGCAACCCACGUCCACCCAGACACCACCCGAAACGCCCGUCGCCAGCUUUGAUGACAUGCUGGCUGCGUGCGCAGAGACCAAGCCGAGCAUCUCGUCCACUGAGCGGGCCAAGCUGCAGCGCAUUUACGCCCAGUUCGUCAGCGAAAGAAAUGGCGAUAUGCCGAACGGCGAGGCCCCUGACCAGAUCGGGACGCGGGCCACCUUGAUGUAG